AUGGAUAGUGAAAUUUAGGAAUUAAGAAGAGAUAAGAAGAGAGAGGAGGUGGAACCCGAUGGACUUCACUCACACACACUUCCCACUGCGAGUGCGACAAAAAAUCAAUGGCGAGUGGUUCGUCCAAAGCCAUAACCAUAAGGACGCCAUUUGCUCAUUCUCUCCUAAUACUAAUACUCUUUCUUUUCACUUCCUUCCUGAUCCCUCCACCGGCUGCUUCUCUACCAGCCGUCGGAUUUGGAUACCGGAUCAGAUCCAGCCACAUCGAUCCUGCCGGAAAGUCAUUGACCGCCGAUCUUCAACUCAUCCGAACCUCCCAAGUCUAUGGACCUGAUCUUCCCACACUUACCCUCCAAGCCACUUUCGAAAGCAAAGACCGGUUGAGAGUACGAAUAACGGACUCAACUCGUGAACGGUGGGAGAUUCCAGACCAUAUCAUUCCCCGUCCAUCCAACUCCCUUAUCCGUUCCCUGCCGGAAAACCAUGUCGCCUCCCCGAAACCUUCUUUCAUCUCCGAUCCAGCUUCCGACCUCAUUUUCACCCUCUACGACACUGCACCCUUCGGCUUUUCCGUGCUCCGACGAUCAUCCGGUGAUGUCCUCUUUGACACUUCCCCUGAUUUCUCCAAUUCCGAGACUUUUAUUGUCUUCAAGGAUCAAUACAUUCAACUAUCCUCUUUGCUUCCGAAGGACAGAUCCUCUAUCUUUGGCAUUGGCGAGCAAACCAGGAAGUCUUUCAAGCUCGUCCCGGAUAAAAACAAAACCUUAACUCUUUGGAACGCUGAUAUUGGUAGUGUGAAUCUCGAUGUGAACCUCUACGGUGCACAUCCUUUCUACAUUGAUGUCCGGUCGCGGUCUCGAGAUGGUAAAGUUGUAGCAGGGACGACGCAUGGAGUUUUGUUGCUCAACAGUAAUGGCAUGGAUAUUAUAUAUUCUGGCGAUAGGAUUACGUACAAGGUUAUUGGUGGAAUCAUUGAUUUAUACUUCUUUGCAGGUCCAUCACCAAUUUCGGUGAUAGAUCAGUAUACUGAGCUUAUUGGGCGGCCUGCACCUGUGCCUUAUUGGUCGUUUGGUUUUCAUCAAUGUCGUUAUGGCUACAAGAAUGUUUCUGAGGUUGAAAGUGUAGUGGCUCGUUAUGCCAAAGCCAGUAUACCUCUUGAAGUUAUGUGGACAGACAUUGAUUACAUGGAUGGGUAUAAAGACUUUACUUUUGAUCCCAUCAAUUUUCCAUCGGAGAAGAUGAAGAUAUUUGUUGAUAAUCUUCACAAAAAUGGACAAAAAUAUGUAAUCAUCUUGGAUCCUGGCAUUAGUACAAAUAAUACAUAUGGACCAUACAUUCGAGGAACAAAAGCUGAUAUCUUUAUGAAACACGACGGGGUUCCAUACUUGGGUGAUGUUUGGCCUGGACCUGUUUACUUUCCUGAUUUUCUUCAUCCAGACAGUGAGACUUUUUGGGGUCGUGAGAUCCAAAUAUUUCGAGAUAUUGUUCCAUUUGAUGGUCUUUGGAUCGAUAUGAAUGAGAUAUCAAAUUUUAUAACUUCUUCAACCAGCCCACUUUCUAACCUUGAUAAUCCUCCUUACAUGAUUAACAAUGCUAGAGUUCGACGUCCCCUUAACAAUAAGACUGUGCCAGCGUCAAUUCUUCAUUUUGGUAACUUGACAGAGUAUAAUACUCAUAACUUAUACGGGUUUUUAGAGUCAAGGGCUACUCAUGCCUCAUUAGUAAAAGUAACAGGCAAGAGACCAUUUGUGCUGUCAAGAUCAACUUUUGCAGGCUCUGGGAAGUACACAGCACAUUGGACUGGAGAUAUUGGCGCAACAUGGAAUGAUAUGGGGUACACGAUUCCAUCCAUUUUGAACUUUGGACUCUUCGGAAUUCCUAUGGUUGGUUCUGACAUAUGUGGAUUUUCUGGAGAUACGACAGAAGAGCUUUGCCGACGUUGGAUUCAGUUAGGUGCAUUUUACCCAUUUGCCAGAGACCAUUCUGAUAAAGGAUCCAUUCGUCAAGAGCUUUAUCUUUGGGAUUCAGUGGCUGCAUCAGCCAGGAAGGUGCUUGCGCUUCGCUACCAGUUACUUCCUUAUUUCUACACUUUGAUGUAUGAGGCACACAAAAAGGGGACACCGAUUGCACGUCCUCUCUUCUUCUCAUUCCCUCAGGAUAUCAAGACCUACGAAAUCGACUCUCAGUUUCUUCUUGGAGAAGGUGUAUUGGUUUCUCCAGUUCUAAAGGAGGGAGCUUUUUCUGUUGAUGCAUAUUUCCCUGCAGGAAACUGGUUUAGCCUCUUUAACUAUUCAGAGUUCGUAGCUGUAAAUUCCGGGCAACAAAUCAAUCUUGAUGCACCUGCUGAUCAUAUAAAUGUGCACGUCAGGGAAGGAAACAUUCUGGCAUUACACGGAGAGGCGAUGACAACACAAGCAGCUCGAGAAACUGCAUACAAGCUUUUGGUCGUCAUCAGCAAUGGUCAAAGAAGCUUUGGAGAGGUUUUCUUGGAUGAUGGAGAAGUGGCGGAAAUGGGAGGAGAAGGAGGUAAUUGGAGUAUGGUAAGAUUUUGUAGUGAAACAGUUGGGAGUAAGUUAGUAGUGAAAUCUCAGGUUAUAAAUGGAGGAUUUGCUUUGAGCCAAAAACUGAUUAUAGACAAGGUGACCUUUGUAGGCUUUGAAAGGCCUAAGAAAAUGGUUGGCCUAGGCUUAAAUAUAAGCAAGGGAGUGAGUUUGAAUGGAAAUUCAAGCAUUAGAAAAACCUAUCAAUAUUUUGCCAAGUUUAUGAAUGUUGAGAUCUCAGGGCUAUCCAUUCCUAUUUGGGAGGAAUUCAUAUUGGAGAUGACACCAAUAAGUUGAAUGUCCCAACAUGCAAUAGCUUGUUUUCUUAAAUAAGAAAAAAAAAUUGUUGAUCUAGAUUUCACAUGUAAUAUGAAUGUAUGUUUUCUCAAAUAAAAGUGUACUUAAUCUUAUUGCCUCAAAAAUUUAAUAUCAAUAACUACUUCCAUAA